AUGGCAUCACCAGCUGUCCUAAGCCCACGGCCGAACCCACCCGGCGCAGCCUUUCAAGAUGGGGCCAGGGCUAGAACUCUCGCGCUUCCAAGCCACACAACCAAGCCCACAAAGUCACCAGCUGUACCGUCCACAGCCCCAGCAGAAGACAGAGGCAUGGAUCUCGCCGAGCAGAUGAACGACCGGGUGCGCAGCCAAUUCGUCAUGGGCCAGAAACUAGGAGAAGGUACCUAUGCGGUAGUCUUCCAAGCCCACUACGUCAACAACCCCAAGAAGCUCGUCGCCAUCAAAAAGAUCAAACUCAACGCCGAGUACCCCAACGGAAUCGCCCCAGACGCCCUCCGCGAAAUGCAGUUUCUCUUCGAAAUCGACCACCCCAACGUAAUAAAGCUACACGACGUCUUCUCCAGCAAAGACCAAAACCUGUCCUUCGUACUCGAACAUCUGCCCCUGGGAGACCUGGAGGCGCUCUGGAAGAACAAGGAAAUCACAUACACAAAGGCGGAUAUCAAGUCUUGGAUGAACAUGCUGUGUCAGGGAAUCUGGUUCUGCCACGAGAACUUCGUCCUGCAUCGCGAUAUCAAGGGUAGUAACGCCCUGAUUGCCGCCGACGGAACAGUCAAGCUUGCCGAUUUCGGUCUUGCGCGGAGUUUCGCAGAUCCAGGAACGAAAAUGACUACCAUGGUCAUUACACGCAUGUACCGUCCGUUGGAGUUGCUGUACGGCUGCUCGCACUACGGCGGCACAGCUGACAUGUGGAGUAUCGGAGUCCUAAUGGCAGAACUGUGUAUCCGCAACUGGUUCCUCUACUCUGACACCGACAUCCAACAAGUCGCCACCAUCUGCGAGAAGUUCGGAACGCCGACCGAGGAAACCUGGCCAGGCGUGUCUUCUCUCCCAUACUACGUUGCGCCUGAGAAGCAAACCGGUCCACAGGGUUCCACAGCCUUCAGACAGACACGUCCUCGCGUGUGGUGGAAACAACAGUUUCCUGCCCUGGGAGACGACGGCUGCGACUUUAUCAAGGGUUUAUUGACACUGGACCCGGCGAAGAGGUACACGGCUCGCAAAGCGCUAGAGGAUAAGUGGUGGACCAACGCACCCCGGCCCACGAAGAAAGAAAACUUGCCCAAAGAAGGUGGUGGGGCAAAAGCCAUGGGAGAGGAUCUCAAGCGGAGAGGCGGAGAGAUGCCUACCAAUGGUCGCGCCGACAAGGUAGCUCGGAAGCUUGACUUUGGCUCCAUGGGGUAG